AUGAGUUAUGGGAGAAAAAUAAUCGAAACUCCAACCAAUGGUACUACAACCAUGGAAACCACUUCUGUUCGACCACCACUAACACCUUCAUCACCUCCUGUUACUUCUACGAUUCUUCCUACUUCCACUUGUAGGGUCUCUCCAACUGUUAACGUAGUGAUGCAAGACCUAGAGGAAGAUGAUGUGUCUGAUAAUGCAAUUAUUUCAGACAAACAAUUCAAAAUUCUCAACUCCAAGAUGAAUUCGAUUUUACAAUUUUUAAAUGAUAAUGUUGGGAAGUCAUUUGUUAUUAGUGUUGAGGUCGAAUAUCUAUUAAAAGCUUGA